UACAGUUACAUGUUUCGCCCAAAAACCUUCUUGGACUCAGCGACGGAGCAGUGACCAUGGCCACACUGGUGCCCUCUUCCGUGCCCUGCCACUGGCUACUAUUCCUGCUGCUGCUUUUCUCAGGUGAGCCAGUACCAGCAGUGACAAACAGUGGCCUGUCACAGAAUUUCCAAGGAAGCUCUUGCUCCCAGAUCUGGCAGCACCCCAGGUUCAUAGCCAAAAAGCGGGGCUCCAUCGUGAGGUUUUACUGCUAUACAGACCACCCCGGCGCCAUGACCUGGUUCCGAGAGCAGAAGAGCCAGGAGCCCCAGGAACUCCCAAAAGAGGGGCAUAUCUCACAGACCAAGAAUGGCUCUGCCCACAUCCUCACCAUUCAUAACAUCCAGUUUGAGGAUAACGGGAUCUACUUCUGCAAGCAGGAAUGCAACAGCGCCAACUUUGCACUUGCCCAAGGCUGUGGCACGGAACUUCGAGUCUUAGGAUUCAGCACCUGGAGCCAACUGAAGCAGCGGAACACACUGAAAGAUGGCAUCAUCAUGAUCCAGACCCUCCUCAUCAUCAUCUUCAUCAUUGUACCCAUCUUCUUGCUACUAGACAAGGAUGACAGCAAAGCCGGGAUGGAGGAAGAUCACACCUACGAGGGCUUGAACAUUGACCAGACAGCCACCUAUGAAGACAUAGUGACUCUUCGGACAGGGGAGGUGAAGUGGUCUGUGGGAGAGCACCCAGGCCAGGAGUGAGGGCCACUGUCAUCCUUGCCCAGAUCCUGAGCCUCAAACUGCCUGGCUCACAGCCCAUCCCCUCCUUUCUGGAUCCCCAGCCAGCGUCUGAAGCUAGACUAUCUGCCACCUCUCUCUAUUCCGUGGUCCCCAGCUCUUGCUGAAGGGCCUAGGGUAGAAGGACAAUAGGGCAGUGAUGUGGAGUGGGGAGUUCUCUGGAUAGACUGGGCCUAAGGCUUCUGGAAGCGCCAUGCCGGAUCUGUCUCCAUGUUUGGGACAGGAAAGCAGGGACUUGUCAAAAACUGCAAACGGACUCAGAGCAGACCGACUUCCUGAAGAGUCCAGGAAGGACCAUGGUUCUCACUGGCACCUGAAGGCCAGAUGCCAUUUCUUUCUCCCAUCCCAGGGAUCGCCCAGCCUACGUAGAAUGAUAAUAGUCCUCCUGUGGAAUAAACAAUG